AGACAGAGAGAGAGAGAGAGAGAGAGAGAGAGUAACAUAUUAAUAUCUGCUCCAUAUUUAGACACAGAGGGUGAGAGAGAGAGAGUGGAAGAGAGAGGUGAGGUCUAUUUGAAGAUUUAUCUGGCGGUUGAGAUUUGUUUACAAGUUUGGACAAGCAGUGGAAUUACUUGCUCUUUGAUAUCGGCGGCGGUGGCACAAAACUGCCAUGGCGGUGUGUUUCACUCUACGGGCUCUGUUCAUCGCCCUCCUUCUCUGUGCAUUUCAACCAACGUCCUCUCACUCAGACCCAUGUGAAGAGGAUCCAUGGCAACGUACUUGGAGUGUGAAUGAGAAUUGCACUGUGACGACGGACACAGCAGAACAGCUCACAUCCAGCACCAUGACACUGUUCCUGCCCAACCUGUACCUGGUGGCCUUGGUCCUGGGUCUGCCGUCCAACCUGCUGGCUCUCUGGGUGCUGUUGUUCCGCACCAAGAGGCAGCCCUCCACCAUCCUGCUCAUCAACCUGACCACCUGUGACCUGCUGCUGCUGACUGUGCUGCCCUUCCGCAUCGCCUACCACUUCCAGGGCAACAACUGGACGCUGGGUGAGCCCUUCUGUGGCCUGGUGAUGGCGCUCUUCUAUGGGAACAUGUACGGCUCCAUGCUGUGCCUGGCACUGAUCGCGUUCGACCGAUACCUGGCGCUGGUUCACCCACUCACUGGGAUGACGAUACGCAGUCGCCGACUGUCUGCGUUUCUCAGCAUGGCUGUGUGGGCGGUUGUGCUUGUUGCCAUGGCCCCACUCCUGGCCACAAAGCAGACCAGUCCAGUCCUGAACCUCAACAUUGUCACUUGCCACGAUGUGCUACCCUUGGAACAUCAACACAGCUUCAUUCUGCCCUACUUCAUCAGCCUCUUCAGCAUUUGCUUCGUGCUGCCGUUGGCGGUGGUGGUCUUCUGCUACGGCUGCGUUCUGCACACGCUGAUAACAACCAGCGAGCGAUACAACCACGCAGCAAAGGUCACCGUGCUGGUGAUGGUGGUGUGCCUGGUGUGUCUCCUUCCCACCAAUGUGCUGCUGAUUGUCCACUACUCCAAAGUGCAGCAGGUAGAAGCAGACAUGGGAUUGACAACAGACACCUACUACAUGCCCUACGUGCUGUCGCUAGCCGUCAGCACCUUCAACAGCUGCCUAGACCCCUUCAUCUUCUACUACGUGUCCGAGGAGUUCCGGGAGAAGGCGCGGCAGGUGCUGUGUUGUAGAACUCCCAUCCAGCCCACCACCUCCAGUCAAAAGACCACAAGCACGACCUCAAUGUCGUCACGGUCAAAGGUGACGCUGCUAUCAACGUCUGGGAGGUUGUUGGUGACUCCAGAACCUACCUGUGUCAAGCGAGACAUUGUGUGAACAGCAAGGGGGAGACCAUGGACUACUGUUAUGGGUGAAAGCAUUGCAUUUCAUUUAUAUAGUUUUUAUCACAUCAUUACCCAUGAUUCCAGAUUGAGAAAUCACUUGUCUAUGUCUAUGAUACGCACCUCUGGGGUGUUGUUAGUGUUAGUUAGUCUGGGCUGUUGACUCAGUGUCAAGUCUGACAAAGUAAAGGGGAGACCAUGGACUGCUGUCGUGGGUGGCAUUGUAUUGCACUACUGGCUUGGGACCAACAGUCGGCCUGGGCAUUUUUUUUAGCUAAGACCCCCUCAAAACACCUCCACUCACGCCUCCGCUUCAAGUCCAUUGGGUCAUGCACUAUAAACUCUGGACCAGUCGGCCAACUGGGGAAAUGGCCAGGUAGACUUUAAUUUAUAAAAUUUAUCGAAAGAUUUUUUUUUGCAAUUCCCACUGUUCCUUCCAAAUGGAGAAAUCACACAAAAAUUACCUGCUUUGUUUUUGGCUGGCCUGUGUCUGUCAAAUGGAGACCUUCUCUGACUACAGCAGGGGCGGUCCAGUAAGCAGAGAGCACAGGCUUCUGUUACAGGCAGGAAUGUUGCAUCUGAUGUACCGUAUAUGUUUUCUUUAUGUCCCCACUGUUGUCUUCCAGUGGAGAAAUUACAUGUUGUUGUCAAGGGAGAUGUUGUCAAGGGAGAGACCAUGGACUUCUGUGUGGACUGGAGGAGUAUUUCAUCGCAUGUGCAGCAUAUGUUUUCUUUAUGUUCUCACUGCUGUGUCCCAAUGGAGAAAUGACAUGUCUUCUAGUAUGUCUAUACUGUAUACCAUAAUGAACUUAACUUCUUGAGGAGGAGUCACAUGUGUACGUGACUGGAGGCUCAAUGUUACGAGAGUCUGAGAGUCUGAGAGUCUGAAGUGUUUCCAUUCAUGGCAUCUUUCCAAAGGAAAUGCCAUACUGAGUGUUUGUAGUCCAGAUUUUGUAAGCAAGCGCUCAAGGGUUCUGUAUUGUUCUGCUUGUGUCACUUUGACAAUGUGGGGCAUAAGUACAACCUGUGUUCUAGCAUUUUAAUUCGCCCCCAAAACUCAUUGCCGUAAUACACACCUUGUAAUACUGCACCGAGGUGUGUGUGUGUAUGGGUAAACGUGUGUGUGUGUG